CAGGACUGCAUGUUUCACUGUGUGGCUCGGCUUCUCUGUGUCUCCCUCCCUCAGCUUUCCCCUUCGCUGGUCUCUCCCGCUCUCAAAGGCAAACGUUGCAGGCAGCGCUCGAGGUGCACCGAGAGGCAAACAGCAAACACAGGGACUGAAAAACAGAAAGCAGAGUGCUCUGUGAGGAGAAGGAAGAGGAGCAAGAAACACAGAUUCUUUGUGAAAAUCUGACAAAUGCAUGUCAGCCCUCAGUGACUCAGCUCUGGACUGGUAUCUUAGCAGGAUGGACUUUAUUUUGGUUCAGCAGGCAUCAAGCAGGAGCAGCUCUGUGAAUGUUUGGCUCUCCUUUACGCUUGUUUCUGGCAAUGCAGCACUUGUGAUGAAUGGGAAAGACGGCAAGGAAGAUGAGCCUUGAUUCUGUGGAGAGUUCCAUCCAGAAGCUUCUCCAUGUGCUGUACCCCCCCUAUGAGGCCACUGCCCCCACUCUGCUAAACCAGCUCUUCCACACCAUUGAGAGUCGAUAUCAGGGAGAUGCACUGCGUUGUUUCCUGGACUUUCUGAUCCCGGCUAAGCACAUUUUAAACACAGUGCAGCAGGGAGCUUGUGCUCAGUACUCUGAUGCACUCUUCCUGUGUGAAGGCUGGCCACUGUGCUUACGCCACCAAGUUGUCAUUCAUCUUGCCCCCAUUGACCCCCUGCUUCUUCAACCUGGCGACUUUUAUCUCCAGGUGGCGCCAUUCUGUGACCAGUCAGCCCGCAUUUUGGUCUGCAACCUCUUGGAGGAGGAAGGAGUUCAUGUAGUUGAGGAGACCCCAGUCUCUGAGACCUCUUACCUUUCUAUAUUCACUCCUGACUUUUUACACGAGAUCAACCACGGCCGCUGCGGAACACCACUUAGCCAAUGCUUGCUCGCCAGUGAGGAAGGUUUGGUGAGGUUGCCAUGGGAACAGGUGGCCGUACCUGAGUUUGCGGACCUGUCGAGGAGUGCUGUGAGUAGCAUGGCCUCUGCUCCUCCAACAUGUCCUCCUUUACCAUCUCCACUUCCUCCUCCUUUAUCUCCUCCUGACUUUCCAGAGAAGAGCUCACCUCACAAAACCUUUCCUCUAUCAGCUGAAAAACCAUUGUCAUUAAGACAGAGCUCCCGAAAUAUUCAGAAUUCAGCUUUAGCAUCAUCCUCACAUCCAUCUGCCUUCUCUGUAGAAACUAGAAUAUGUCCAGCAAAACAUGGCAUAGCCGUGUCGCUCUGCCUGGUGGACACUAGCACGGCGUCUCCGUCCCAACAGCUCAGGGUUAAAGAAAGUGAAACAGUGUGUAAACCAAUCGGCUGGGUUUCCCCUAAUACCUGGGAUAGUCGCAUUACUGGGAUGAAUUCCAAUUCCUCUUUGAGUCAAAACACAUCUGCUUGCAAAGAUAAAAAUAAAGGUGUUUCUGAAAGCACACUGAAGACUUACACAAAAGCACAAGAUAUGAGCAGAAAUUACCCAGCAGCCCAUGCUGUUGCAGAAGGGGAAUACAUUGAUGCAUUGCAAGCCAGCAUGCUUUUUGGUAACGACCAUUCACUCACUAAGGAGCAAUCAAAUGUGGAAAAUCAACCACACACACAAACUGAAGCAGAAAAUCGAACACACUCAUUUAUGCGAAGUGAGGCGCCCAAUCAAUUUCCUCUUCAGGAAGAGUCACAAACUCGUUUGCAGCUAACUGCUAAAUCACACAGUAAUCAUCAGUGUGGAAAUGGAGGACCACCAUCAACACACACCCCCUCACAAGCACAUUCUCAGGGAGAGUCCUGUGAGCCCCCCCAGUGCAUCCGCACCGUUCGCUUCGCAGAGAAACCCUGUACUCCAUGCAUGAAAAGGCGACAGGGCGCAAAAGUUUCCAGAGCUCAAGAGCUGCGGUGCAGGUACAGGGACUCGUACCAGGCUGCUUUACAAAACCCUGUCACCUUCGGAAAAGAUAAAAAGGAGAGUAAGCUAACAGUUGUGGAGGAGGAUGGUGAUGCAUCUGUACCUAACGAUAGAAAACCGAAACCAGCGGGGACUGAAACAGGGUAUCCACGUUAUGAUGGUCAAAGAACACGGUGUGAUCCUAAAAGACAACCCCGUCAACCGUCUGCUAUUGAAGGAGUUUGUAGAGAGUCUGGAGAAAAAAACACAAUUCCACUCUGGAAGGUUGGAGAUACAAGCAAAGCUUCCUGUAAGGCAACAAAUAUGCAUCAUCUGGAGCCACCAUCUAAUAAGACAAUUGAGGAUAUCGAACAGUCCAGCAAACCUCAUGGCAGCUUGCACAACCUCAACGGAACAGCUGUAGAAGCAGUCACAGACACUACAUUAUCGCACAAGAGCGUCUCUAAACACUCAGAUGUUCCUCACAACAGUUCCUCAACCUUUAGUUUCAGUGAAAUUCCAAAAAUGUACGAACCUCAUGAUGGACUACAGACCAGCUCUACAGACGGAAGAAGUUCAUCGCUCUCCACAGCGGUGGUGGACACCUCUGCAAAGUGUGAGCUGGUAAUUGUUGAGGGCCAAACAGUACGGAGAAAGGAAAACCCCAACUCCUGUGCAGAGAUUCCCCAGCUCCAUGUGGUGAAAUGUAAAAACAGCACAGCUUUUGGACUGGUUUCCCCCAAAAUAACCAGGAAGAAAAUCAUCAACCCAGGAAGUGAGCAAAGAGGUAGUUCAUCUGGCCAACAAAUGGAGAAUCUGUCUCACAGCCUUCGCCCUCCGACUGUAGAGAUUCCGACGAUCAUCCAGCGUGGGCCUGCUCGCCCUCGACCUGACCACCUCCCCCUGGAAUCCCCAGAUCCAAGUGCCCACCCCCUCUAUCAAGGACUGGCAUGUCUCACAGGCUGCAAAGACAGAACAGGCAGAGCAAUCGUUGAGUUCUAUGGAAACCACCAGGGAUGGAACUCAUCUGUAACAAGUCACGAUCUCUUCCAGAUGUUACUCUACUUCCACUCUAUUACCAGGAAAGAAGUCAGAGAUGCUGGGUUGACGGUUAUUUUUGAUGCCAAGAAGAGACAUCCACAACCCCAGCUCUACAAGGCCUUAAUGGAUCUUCAAGAGCUGCAUCCCUGUAUAGUGAAUAGUUUGGUACUCCUGGUGGACAAAGACAAUGCUCUUCUACCUGAAAAAUGUCCUGGGAUACAGACCGAUGUGGUGACAUCAAUGAAAGCGUUGCUGAAGCUGGUAGAGAUCAAUUUCUUGAGCUCAAACUUGGAUGGGACGCUGUCUCGCAGCCCCUGUGUCUGGAUGGAGGUGCACCAGAGACUCUUCCCGUUUGUAAAUGGCCUUCACGAGGCAUCCAACCUGCUACAUAGAGCACUUCAUAAAUUAGAACAACCUCAGAUGACUGAUACUGUGCAGGCUGUGCAGCAAUGCAUGAUGGACCGGAAGACUCUGAUGAGGGAUGUCUUGGAGGACAGCCGGUUAGUUAGCCUGCAGAGAGAGGGCGGGGCUAUCCUGGCUAGACUGAGGAAGGAAAGUGACUUAAAAUAUCCUCAAUGUGAAGACCUCAGUGAUGCAGUGGAUUCAGUGACCAGCUUGUAUAACUACGUAGAGGAGCAGGCUCACAUCCUGGUCCAGAAGACCAACGUGACACUGGAACAUCUGGAGUAUCUGGUGCCCCUCAGAGAGAUGGAGGGACACCUCAGACAGAUCCAGCAGUGGUUUAACCAAGAGGGAGAGCGCCACCUGCUGGAGGCAGAAUCAGUUGAAGAAUCUGGUGACAGGAUGGAACAGAUUCUUAACAGCUUCACAAGUUUCCUGAUUGAAGCCAACGACCGAAGACAUCACGCAGCACCCUUAUUGUCAGAGGCAGAAAGGCUCCAGAAAAAUGGGCUCCUCUACCCGGAGACUGAGAUUUUUGGGGCUUAUGUUCGCUCUUUUAAAUCUAAUCUUGAGGACUUCUUGUGUAGAGCAGAGCAAUGCGGGCGUGAGCUGCAGAUCGUGGUCAAUGUGUGCGACUUUUGUGAGCAGGCUACAACACUGGCCGCUGAAUGCACGGAUUACUUGAACCAGAGUCGACCCAGACUCCACAAAAAACAAGAUGCUGACAGUGUCUCACUGGUUAAUCAUACAAGCACUCAGCCCUUCAAACAGAGCCAGAACUCUGUUGUAAGCGUGACAGAUAGCUGUCAGCCUGAUAUCCAUACAAUUCAAAGCUCCGAUCCAAUCUCCACCAACAUGUCAGCAUCUUCUGCUGACAGCUUCAUUCUUCAGGCUUUCCAAGAAAGGUUCCGGCAUUUCAGCUCCGAGAGUUUCCAGGAGGUAAAGGCCCAGGCCAGCUCCCUCCGGAGCUCUCGGGGAAUGCGAGUCUGGAAUGCUGCCUGGCUGAGAUGUCAGGAGGCCCGGCAGCAGCUCCAAGAGAGGAUGCAAGAGGUGGAUGAGCUUUACUACCAACAAGCACACUUUAACCGGUGGUGUGCUGGUCAUUUUGUGGACGUGGUGUGUACGAAUGAUCAGACUGCCCCUCCUGGUGGACAAAGCUUGAUGGUACAAUCAAGCUUCGGACAUGAGCGACCGCAAUGGGAGGAUGUUGUCUCAGCAUCUGGAGACGCAAAGGAAAGGAGGCCCACCCUCAGCGAGAGCAGCCCCACUUCAACAACUGCAGCCUGUUGUAACAUCGUCAUCAAACCUGAAGAAAACAGCAGGAGUAAAAUCUGCCAGGAGUCCAGGAUCACUCAGUCACAUCACAGGUCUUCAAGGAAAAAUGAAAAGGGGGCGAGAAAGAGAGAGCUGAGCAGAGCCAGAAGUGAGAGGGAUGCUGCUGCUUUGUCUCAGUCCCACAACGUCGGCUGCCAGUGGUUCCCUUGGGGGCGCAGAUCAGUGAGCCAGGAUUUGAGCAACACCAGAGUCACAGCAGCUGGCUCCUCCACUCCCUCUGAACAAUGGACUCCACCGCCUUCCUCCUGUUCCCACCACGGUCAGCCAUCGUGCCGAAUCCUCCAGGAAGCUCAGAAGUUUCAGAUCUCUCGUCAUGGGAGCUUCUGUUCAGAGGACUCCUGUGCGAGCGACCAGGGGGCUUUAGGAGGAAACGGGGCCGCGUCCUGCAAACACUCCAGUCUGCCUGGCCAAGGAUAUGAGGGAUCUUUUUGUUUGGCAAAGCCACAUGAGAGUGCAAGCAGUGCUCUGAGGCUGCAGCGUGUCAUGGAAGAGCUGGUUUUCACAGAGAGGGAAUAUGUGCGCUCACUUGGUUACAUCCUGACCCACUACUUCCCCCUCAUGGACAGACUGGACAUUCCCCAAGACCUCAGAGGAAAACGAGGGAUCAUUUUUGGAAACCUGGAGAAGCUCUAUGACUUCCACAACCACUAUUUCCUGCCUGAGUUGGAGGCCUGUGAGAGAGAGCCCGCCAUGAUGGCUCGCUGCUUCCUCAGACACAGUGAGAGUUUUGGUCUGUACUCUUUGUACAGUAAGAACAAACCACAGUCCGAUGCUCUGAUUCUGCACCGCCGCCAUGAUCUCUUUAAGAAGAAGCAGCAGGAGCUGGGAGACAUGAUGGAUCUGUCAUCAUAUUUACUGAGGCCGAUCCAGAGGAUCAGCAAAUACAGCCUCCUGCUGCAGGACAUGCUGGCUUUAUCCAGAUCAUACAGACCAAAAGAAAGGAUUGACGAAGCCUUUUCUGGGUCUGGUGUGUGUGGCCCUCCUGCUUAUGUGUCUGACCUGAGGAGCAGUGAGAGGGAGAGGGAGCUGGCUGAGAUCCAGGCUGCUGCAGACCUGGUUCGCUUUCAGAUGCGUCAUGGCAAUGAUUUGCUCACCAUGGACGCCAUCCAGGACUGUGAUCAGAUUAAUUUAAAAGAACAGGGGCAGCUGGUUCGCCAGGACGAAUUUACAGUUUUCUUUAGGAAGAAGAAAUGUAUUCGCCGCAUCUUCCUCUUUGAAGAUUUGAUUCUCUUCAGCAAGCCUAAGAAAACAGAUGUUGGAAAUGAUGUUUAUGUCUACAAGCAGUCAUUUAAGACUAAUGACAUUGGGAUGACUCACAAUUCCUCCGUGGGCAGUCUGUGUUUUGAGAUCUGGUUCCGCAGAAGGAAAAGUGAGGACACGUAUACUUUGAAGGCUUCUAGCAUAGAGGUGAAGAAGGCCUGGACCACCGACCUGGAGAGCAUUCUGUGGGAUCAGGCUGCUCACAGCAGAGAGCUGCGUUUGCAGGAGAGGGUAUUCAUGGGAAUAGGCCGAAAACUCUACAUGGAUAUUCAGCCCAGUGAAGCUGCGAUUUGUAACCGUGCUGUCAACUGUGUCUUGCCUGGAAGAAUCCCUGUGGCGUGUUGUUCACACAGGGCUUUAGAUCAUCCUCGGCCUCACUCCGUGGGCUCUGGCAGCACCGCCUCCACCACGCUCAGCCAAUCAUCAUCCUCCUCUGGCCGUGGCUCGCUGCCCCCUGCCGGCUGUCCUGGUAUCACGUCGCAGUGUGCUGACGCCAAUCCAGUUGUGCGCUCCUCUCCAGAGGUCGUGACCGAAAAUGAACUCAGUCAUCUUCAUCAGCACAACCUUCCACAGCACUAUAAACUUAUGAGCUCGUUAGUCUUGGACACCACAGAGUCAUCAGGGGAAGGCACAAACUCCUUCAGCAUCUCAGACCGAAGCUUCUUGUCUGCCAUCAGUGGGGAGGUGGUGGAUGACUCCUCGCUCGUAUCCCAGAGUUCACAGCAACAGCUGGCACUUUGUCGGACUCCCAGCCUGAGGAAGAACAGCUCACCAGCACUAGUUAAAAAGAAGCCAGGCCUUCCCCCCAAACCACAGCAUCUGGCUAAACCCCAGACACAGGUUGAUGAGAUUAUAAUUGGAAAAUCUACUGAAGUUUAACGAAGGAGCGUCCGCUAGAGAUUUGUGGUCAGUUGCCGUUCAAAGGAAGGGAUCACCACAGCCAUCGUUUCCACACCACAAGGAUCUAAUUACAAAAAAUGUGGAUCAUUCAAGCAACUACUAAAGUUUUUUGUUUGACUUUGAAGCAUUAAAUAGACGUAUUCUUUGAUUUAAAAAAACUCAGCAAGUUUAGCAAACAGAUCCAAGUCGACCUCUUCAGCUCAGAAAUGAGGAUUCUUCACACAACAGUGUCUUUGCUCCUAAGAAGGCAAGGAAAAAGCUGCUGUUUAUCUUUAGUUUUUGGCGACUGUUUUGGUCACAAGAUCACAAUGGAAAACUUACAGAGUCCAAAGCUACAAGUCAAGUGAGCAUCUUGUUGGCCAAAAGCCCAGAAGAGGCUGAACAUGAGACUGAAAAAGGCCAUAACUGGAGAAUCUUGGUCUUUGUUCUGUGUCGACUGCUGUACUUACAACAGUUUCAACCCUCAUUGGAAAAAUGUCUCUACUUUCUCCAAGUCUAAAAUUUCCUUUGGUGUGUUUUUAUAACAUUUGUACUGCUAUUGUCAUGUUAAAUUUCCUUUUUUAUACAAACAUGUUUUUACAGUUUGUGAAUUGUCUGUUUUUAUCUGAAGGGGAGACCACUAUUCAAUGUGUUUAAUUUAUUCCUGAGCUGCCUUUAAUCCACUGAAACCUCUGUUCUUAAAAACUCACUGAAAGAAAAGACAACACAAUGAACACUUCUGUCAUAAUGGGUCCAUUUAUACAAAUAAAAUCCAUUUCACAUGAAUAGGAAUGAGUUUUUUAAUGAUUGAAAACAGUAAUAUUUAAACAAAUUUUAAUUUCUUUUCGUUAUUUUUUUGACAUAACUUCUUUAAAUUAUCUAAUUGUUGUUUUCUUGUUUGGUUUUUGUGUGUGAUAAAUGGAAUUACAUUAAUAUUUCAAGACAUUGAUUUCUUUUUAAAACUGAAACCUUUUUGUAGGUGAUGUAUAAACAGUUUAUUUAUCUGCCCUCUCAUCUUUUAUAAGCCUCAGUAUAUUGUGAUUAUUAAAAAAGGUUCAUAAAGUUGCUUUUUGGGGUCUUUUUCCUACAAGUUCACUGCUAUAAAUUGCAUUAGGAUGAGAAUGAGACCAAAGUGGUGAUGUGAUUUUUUAAAAAUUUUAUUUUACUUUGUGAUUUUCUUAGGACAGACAUCAGAUUAUCCAGGAUUUGGUCUCAAAAUUGAGAAGAAACAUUAAAAAAAUUGGUAAAUUCAAAUGGAAAAUAAAAGAGAAUUAAAAAAUCAAUGACGGUUCUCAUUCUCUUGAUCCUCUCAUGCAUAAAUGAUGACGAUCAGUUAGGAUUUUUUAUUAAGUUUAAUCUUUAGGAAUACAGAAUAAAGUUCUUUAAGGGAAAAGGUUAUAUUUUUAAGUUCUAUAAAGAUAUAUGUAUCU